AUGUCGAUCGUGUCCGGAACCGGAGCUGUCCAUCUCACCGACGACGUGCGCUCGGCUGUCGUCGCCGUCAGCAAGCGCUACAACUUCACCACCACCUCCGCCAGCGACAACUCGUCGCUCUUCGUGCCCUUCUGCACCCUCAAGUUCGUCGACGGCAAGCCCUGCCUCACCAUCGACACCGUCUCUGCCACCACGCCAGUCUCUUCUUCAUCAUCGGACUCCGGCAGCGAGGUGGCGGCGGCGACGUGGGAGAGCCUGGUGGCGAGCCUGCCGCGCGACCAGUGCCGCAUGGCCGUGGCGCAGGUGCCGUGGCGCGCCCACGCCGAUGGCGUCGUGCGGUCGCGCCUGGUGUUCAUCCUGUGGGCGCCCGAGGCCACGGAGGCCACCUACCGCCAGGUCCGCCAGCAGUUCCACGCCCUGCUCUCCCUGCUCGAACAGGUGUACAGCCCCCUGAUCUCCCGGCCCAGAGAGGAGUUUCUGGCGGCUGCGCAGAAAGGCAAAUUGAGGAAGGUGCUCUUCAAGAUGGCGCGGAAGAGCGUAUGCGAUGUGCGGGACUAUCUGAACGACGUGGCGCCCAAGAAGCUCGCCGCUUGGAUGCGCCUCGCGACGGUCACCCACCGGCCGUAG